CGAACUUGUUUACUUUAAGUAGUGAACCGGUGCGACGCUUGAGUGGAGCAGGCCGUAAAUUUCAAAAUUGUAUAGAAAAGAGCUUCUGAUUUUUAAACUUAUAAAAGAGAUUAUUUUAAUUAGACAUGUCAGCUGUAUUUCGUUGUCCUCCAGAAAUGCUGCUUAGAGCAGCUCUGCGAAGAGUUUCUAUGUCAAGAUGUAAACCGUUAUACGUGUCAAGCAGACCGAAGACUCACCAAGCGGCUGUGUGUAAGGAGCUGGGGAAGCCCCUUCAAAUCACUCAUGUACCAUCUGUCGUAAAUUUAGGUGAAGGGCAGGUAAGGAUAGCAGUUCACUCAUGUGGAAUCAACUUUUCAGAUGUACUUCUAGCAGCUGGGUUAUACCAGGAGAAACCCCCGCUGCCUUUCAUACCUGGAUCUGAGGUAUCUGGUGAGGUGCUUGAGGUUGGCAAUGGAGUCAGCAAGUUUUCAAAGGGAGAUCGUGUUUUAGGAUUACUGAAUCUGCAAGGUUUUUCACAAGAGUGUGUAGCUGAUCAAAUGAGUUUAUGGAAAAUGCCAGACAGCAUGAGCUUUGAAAUGGCAGCAGCACUACCUAUCAGUUACGGAACAGCUUGGCUUGCUCUAACUCGAAGAUCCAACACAAAACCAGGAGAAACAGUCUUAGUAACUGCCGCAGCUGGAGCUGUUGGCCUGGCAACGAUUGACCUAGCAACAAAUGUCAUAGGAGCAAAGGCUGUUGGUGCAGCUGGAGGCCCAGAAAAAUGUUCCUUAGUAACAAAAAGAGGAGCUUUGUGUAGUGUAGAUUACAAAAUAGAAAAUAUCAGGGAAAAAGUGAAAGAGGCUACAGGGGGGAAAGGAGUGGAUGUAGUCUUCGAAAGCGUUGGUGGCGAUGUAUUUAAAGAAUCUCUAAGAUGUCUAUCCUGGGGAGGCAGACUCGUUGUGAUAGGUUUCGCUGGGGGCGAUAUUCCAAAGGUGCCAGCCAACAUCCUCCUAGUAAAGAACAUCUCAGCUGUUGGCCUGUACUGGGGUAGUUAUCGUCUAAAGGAUUUCCAGACAUGGAAGUCUUCCAUUGAGGAUGUUAUGAGGUUCUUUGAGGCGGGAAAGAUCGAACCACAUGUCUGCAAGACUUUCCGGCUUGAAGAGGUUAAUGAAGCAUUUAGGUACAUACAACAGAGAAAGUCCACUGGCAAAGUUGUACUGAACAUGCAGUAACAUGCUAAGCUGUUCUUUAAAGGGCAAGGUUGUCUGACUCAAAAUUUUGUGGCCUUGAGUCACCAAAUUCUGUGGCUCAUUAAAGGUGAUUUCAAAAUUGAUGAACCAGUUUGUGAUCUAAAUUCCAAGUAAUUUCUUUUUGAAAUUAGAAAUUGGAUUAUUAUGAUUCUCAAAUUAUUAUUAUUAUUGUCAUUAUAAUGUAGGCUAUGAUGAGUUUAAUACUAAACAUUUAUUAAAUCAAUUUUUAUUAUUAUAAUUCAGAUACUUUUAUUAUUUCUAUUAAUUUGAUAAUUUUAUUAUUAUUAUUAUUAUUAUUUAGCGCCUUGAGCACUUUAGUGGAGAUGUACGCUUAAUAAAUCUUAUUAUUAUUAUUAUUAUUUGGAAGAGAGCCCAGUACAUCUCUUUCUGAGUAAUAAUACAAAUUACAAUUCCCAAAAGUGAUCCAAGUAUAUUUUUUGAAUGAAUAGGGAAUUUCUCUGGGUCACAUCAGCUCCUCAUAACAUAAAUACAAUAAAUGCAGAUUUGGGAGAUACAACCAUAGGCAUAUUACCCAUGGAUGUAAAUGUAAAUGUCAAUAAUAUGGUUCUGAUUAUUAGGUCCCUGGAAACCCUGGUGGCAGCAGUGCAAGGCCCACCAUGGUUAGUAAACAGGGGCCUUCUGGAGUGUCAACCAAACUUACCAGGAAUGUGUUUGUGUCCAACAAGCACGUGUUGUCCCACAAACAUGUGUUUACAUAUAUUUACGCUACUGUUUUGUUGGAAAUUAGCAACAAUAUUCAAGGUGCGGGGCAGAAGCAGAAAUGUCCAUUCUCUGUUCUAAUACAGUAAUAAUACAUGUUUUUAAUAGUGUGCUGGGUUCCUGUUCAUGCACAUGUAAUGUCAGUGUUAUCACACAGCAUAAUUUCCCAUCUGGAGGACAUAGUGUGUACCCAGGUACAUAAGCAAGAGCAGACUUUGCUGGUUUCAACUUGGUCCCUCCUGCACCGUGUUCAAAUUCCUUAAUGAUCGGGGAAGGACUUGUCACAAUGGUUCUCAUCAUUAUUUUUAACACAAAGUUCAGCUUCCGAGUCAGUAAUUUGAGCACUCCCAUACCCAGUGGUGGCACCAGAGGGUGAAAGGGGACAUUUACCCUCCGUCGGACAGACCUGGCCCCCUGUUGUAUGGCGCACAGCUAAGUCGAUGGAUCAGAAAUUUAGGUUAUAAUAAUUUGCCUGCAAAUCCCUAAUAUUGUGGUUUGGAUCAUACUAAGCCAUAAAAAUUCUCCCAGUGAACCCUAAAAGGGAGUUUUUAUUCCGGGCCAUUUUAUUCCGGUGCCACCUCUGCCCAUACCCAUAUCUGAGUCUGUAUAAUAUAAAAUAGGAAAUAUACAUACUGGUGCUAUUGUCUUUUAAUUUCUUAUGACAAUUUUAAUUGAUAAAUUUAUUUGUCUGCUAAUUGGUUGACUUGUAUUUAUGAAUGAAAAACUAUAACUGUACUGCACAAACAGUUGGGAUCUAUCUACCUUUGCUAGUAGUGUGCUUCAGAUUUAAUCACCUCAGUUGCAGGGACUAAACAGACAUAAUUUGGAUCAUAUGAUCCAUCAGCAUGUUAAGCCCACACACUUCAAUUCAUUAUAAGUACUGUAUUCAGAAGUGCAAUAAACAACAUUACGCGAACACCUGGUUUUGAUUAGCGCUGCCGCAUCUAAAUCCAAGCUUUUACAUGCAAAAUGCAAAUUGAAUUCUGCGUUAACACCCGAAUCGAAAAUGUCAUCCAUUACCCCAAGGUAUUUUUAAAUACCGCUAGAAUACUACGUGUCUCCGUAGGUAUUAAUAUCAUAAUUGCCAGCUACAGAAUACAAGUAUCCUGUCUACAGUUUAAUGAAUGUCUUAAUCUUGCUAGAGGGGAGUUACAUGAUGUUUCAUAAUGUUUGUCUAGUUCUUUUUAUUAUGUCAUACAUUAAGAUUUACUGUUUGUGAUGACAUUUUCAAAAUCUUUUGUAAUGACCCUUAAAUUGGUUGGUAAUCAGUUGAAGUAUAUUGAUAGUAAAACAUCUGUAAAUAAUUGAAAAUCAAUUUAUGUUGAUCUUAUUUAUUUUGAAGUGACCAAUUAUUUUUUUAAUCUUUUUUUUUUCAUAUUUUACUGGAAGGUAUAUUUUUAAACAAAUCAAGACGUUGAGAGCGGGCUGGGACAGGGGAAUCCCCUUAGACUGGCCUGGACCCCCCAUCGUCCAACGUACACCUAGGUCAUUGGAUUAAAAAAAUAAUAAUUUGCCUAUCCAAAUAACAUUAUUUUGACUCCUAAUCCCAAAUACUGUAUUGUGGUCUAAAAGCAAAUUUUGGACCUUACUGAACAAAAAACUGGUGUGAACCGUACAAGGGAGUCAUUAUUGAGGGCCGUCGACCGAGGCUUCCUCAGACCCCUGCGUCAGGCUUUCUCAGACCCUUUCUGGCGCCUCCACCGGUUGAGGGUGGAGUUGUACGUUGUUGCUUUAGGGUGCUUUGUUUCUAAUCCCUGAAACUGAUGUCAAAAAGACCUCCCUUUUCUGAAUUGCAAAUUUAAAGGACAGUAUUGGUUUUAAAUAAAUUUAUAUCUGUGCCAGUGUUUUUGCACCACAAAUUUAUAUAUAUUUAUGAAUUUACAGUAUUUCUUUUGAGAAUAGUACAAAUGUAAUGCUAGAGAAUCGUAUCAAUGUGUCAAUUACUGUAUAAACUGUGUGUCACACACAACAAUCAGUGUUUUAAGGAAUGUUUUUAGCAUAAAUAGCUAAAUUAUGGUAAGAGAAAAUAUUUGUCUACAAAAUAUGAAUGUAAUUUGAUAAUUAAUGCAAGAAAAUUAUUGAUAUGUUUAGGCACAAAUACUAAGUGAAAGCAUGCUAUAUUUUUAUUAUCUGAUGCAAAUAAUUAUUUCUACUGAAUAAACUUCUGAUCAUGGAUGAAUUUUAAA